AUGGGAAUCACCAAUACACAAAUAAACUACCUCAUUUACCGAUACUUACAAGAAUCGGGGUUUUCUCAUAGUUCUUUUGUUUUCAAAAGCGAGAGUCACUUGCAACUCUCAGAAUUCAGAACAGAAAACGUCGAACCUGGCCACCUAAUCAGUUUAUUACAGAAAGGACUCAUAUAUCUGGAAGUCGAGAAACAUUUAUCUUCUGAUGGGUCGAAAAAAGAAUGCGCAGCUCCUUUCUCACUGAUAGAGCCACACGUGUGCAAUUACACAUCGAGAAAGCAUCAACGCGACGAAGGCGAAAAUUCAACUGUACGAAGAGAUCGAAGAAUCUAUCAUAGAGACCAAAAACAAAGAGAAACUCGGUCGCGAGAGAUCUUAUCAUUGCACGAUCAACAGAUAUUAUCAAAUAAUAUGGAAGAUAUUGAAAUUGAUCGCGAACCACUUGCAGAAAUCCCAGCAACUAUAACUCGAGGAAACGGAUCAAUGUCAGCAGAUAUCAUUGAGAAUACGACAGAAAAUGAGAAGAUUAUUCUUUCUGGACACAAAGGAGAAGUAUUUUCCUGCCUUUGGAAUCAUGAGGCAGAUAUUUUGGCAUCGGGAGGAAAAGAUGGAACUGUUCUUCUCUGGACUAUACCACCUGAAAAGAAUCCAGAAAUUGGAAGUCCCAUUUCAUGCCCAUUUGAUAUACCGCAAAAUGGUAAUCAGUCGUCAGAGGACCACCAAGUCACAAAUAUGGACUGGAAUGCAGAUGGAAGUCUUCUGGCCGCAGGAUAUCACAAUGGGACUAUUCGAAUUUGGACAACUAAGGGCGAAUUAAAAUACGAAUCAAAACCACACACGGCUGUUGUAUUUGGUCUAAGAUGGAACAAGAAUCAGUCGGAUAUAAAAAAGCAAAAUCUUCUUAGCGGGAGUGUUGACGGAACUGUUGUGCUAUGGAAUCCAGCAACAAAUUCAUCUCAACAAUUUACUUGUCAUUCAGACGUGGUUAAUGAUGUCGAAUGGAAGGAUAGUACGACAUUUACAACCUGUUCCAAAGAUAAAAAAAUAUAUCUAUGUACUACUGAGUCGAGUAAAAAUCCAGUUAUAAAAACAUUUGUGGGACAUCAAGAAGAAAUUAAUAUUAUAAAAUGGGAUGCUGCAACAAACUACCUUGCAUCAGGUUCGGACGAUCGUACAGCAAAGAUAUGGUCGAUAAAAUCAACAACACCACUUCAUACCCUUGAGCACGAAGCAAAAGUGUUCACGGUAAAAUGGUGUCCAAUACCCAGCGGAUCAAAACAACGUAUAUUGGCCACUGCAUCUUUUACAGAAUCAGUCGCAACAGCACGAUUAUGGGAUGCAAAAACGGGACAAUUAUUACACACUUUUCCAUUUAAUUGCACUAUUUUUUCCAUGAUAUUUACUCCGGAUGGAAAAUACUUGGUUGUUUCUUGUAUAGAUUCUACAGUUAAUAUUUUGAGUGUAAAGGACGGCACGUUAGUAAAAACGGUAAGAAAUGCUGGCGGCGUGUAUGUGUAUGAAGUUAGCUGUAAAAUGUAUGAGAGUAGAUAUCGCUUCGCGGCUUCCCUUUCAAACGGAACGUAUACCAUUAAUAAUACUAGAAAUAUCGGGAUAAUAGCGCAUAUUGAUGCCGGCAAGACAACUACUACAGAACGAAUGUUACAUUAUGCAGUAUUCAAAGCUAACGAUAAAAAACAUAAACCACAAAAAAAAGAUGUAGACGAUGGUGACACAGUAAUGGAUUACAUGAAACAGGAACGCGAACGAGGCAUCACGAUCACUUCAGCAGCGAUAACAUUUGGAUGGCGACAGCACCGUAUAAAUUUAAUAGACACUCCAGGCCACGUCGAUUUCACAAUUGAGGUUGAACGCAGCGUUCGCGUACUCGAUGGUUCUGUGACAAUAUUAGAUGCUGUCUCUGGAGUCGAGGCACAAACGCAAAAAGUAUGGGCGCAAGCUGAUCGAUAUGGUAUCCCCAGGAUCGCAUUUGUCAAUAAAAUGGAUCGUGUUGGCGCUGGAUUCGGUAGAACAGUUAGAGAGAUACAGCGUAAAUUGCAAACGAGGCCACUUGUUUGCCAAAUUCCGGCGAUGAGAACUGAUGAAAAAGGAAACCUUGAUUUUUAUGGAGUUGUUGAUUUGCUUGAUAUGCAGCUACUUGAUUGGGAUAAAGAUUCAAAUGGCGCAAUAAUACAAAAAACCCUAAUAACUGAAAAUUUUCCCGACCAAACCUUAUACAAAGAAUCAAUGAAAGGCCGUAUAUGUCUUGUAGAAGCAUUAUCGGAACUUGACGAUCAAAUCUUGGAUAUAUUUCUAGCUUCCGAAGAACACAUGAAAGUGUCUGCGGAUGAUAUUCGUCAGGCAUUGCGUAGAGUGACGUUGAGCGGAAAGGCAGUACCGGUAUUCUGUGGUGCAUCUCUGAGAAAUAUUGGUGUUCAGCCUUUAAUGGAUGCAAUUGUGGAUUAUUUGCCUUCGCCUUUGGAUAGACCAGCACCUUUGGCAAAUUUGGGUGAAGAAGGCGCUGCACAGAUCACAUUACGAGAAAAAGAUCCUUUGUGUGCACUUGCUUUUAAGGUUGUACAUGAUCAACGACGUGGUGCAAUGGUGUUUAUUAGAGUUUAUUCAGGGGUCUUGGAUAAUCGUAUGUCAUUGUACAAUACGAAUAUUCAUCAAAAAGAACGCGCAAACAAAUUAUUACAAAUGUAUGCCGAUGAAGUAGAAGAAAUUCCAUCGAUAACUACCGGAAACAUAGGGGCCGUAAUUGGCUUAAAAGAAACAAGAACCGGCGACACAUUAAUAAACUGGAAUGAUCCGCGAAAAAGUCUGCGCUUGCCAAGCAUUGAUAUCCCGGCACCGGUAUUUUUCUGUGCAGUGGAACCGAUCUCGGUGUCUGAAGAAAAAUCCUUGGAAGAAGCAUUAAAAAAUAUACUACGUGAAGAUCCUUCGCUUCAUGUUCACGUUGACCCGGAAUCGGGACAAACCUUAAUUAGUGGAAUGGGUGAAUUACAUUUGGAGAUCGUUAAAGAUCGGUUGUUGAAUGACUUUAAAGUGAAAGCGGAAAUCGGUAAAAUGAGAAUAUCUUAUCGCGAAACUGCGACUGUUGAGCACUCCAAUUUUUCGUAUUUGUAUGAUAAAGAAGUGAUGGGCAAACGAGCAAAAGCACAUAUUUCUCUUUCAAUAUCUCCUUUAUCCGAGGAUGACUUAGGCGUGGCAUCGGAAGGAGGUAAUAGAAUUGAGCUGGAAAUUAUUCAUCCAAAUUUCUUAGAGAAUAAUGAUGUUGCCUCUUCCAGCUCUUCUGAGAAACAAAUGCAGACCAAACUAACAAUGGCAGAAAUAAAUUCGGCAUUGCGUAAUGGAAUACUUUCGGCACUAUAUCGUGGCCCGAUACUUGGAUUUCCAUUGACUGGCCUUCGUAUUAAAGCUCAUUCACUGCAACUCUUUGGCGCAGAAUCUACAAAAACAGCAAUCAGUUCAUGUGCAUCGCAAGCACUUUCUCAAGCAGUUAAAUCGGCAUCACCUGCACUGCUUGAGCCAUUAAUGGAAGUCUCUGUGGAAGUAACUGAAGAAUAUCUUGGCAUGGUAAUUAGUGAUCUCAGCGGUGUUCGUCGAGGUCACGUCAUCUCAUUAGAGACUAUAAGUUACGGUGACGAAAAUACAGAACAAAAAUUACAUCAGAAUGAAGUUUAUGCACCCCCAGAUUCUACAUAUAAUAAAUAUAGUGAACACGAGGGAAGUCUAGGGAUCAGUAAGUCGAAAAGAAUUGUUCGUGCUCAUGUGCCAUUAUCGUCAAUGUUGGGCUAUGCCUCCGCGCUUAGAUCAUUAACUGCUGGAAAUGCGUCAUUCAAUAUGAUGGUAUAUCGAUUUGGCUUGAUGAGUGAAGAUCGAGCAAGAAAUGUUAUUGCUGAAAUGCAAGGCGGUUAUUGA